CUAAGCCUCCCCUCCCCUUGAUGAAAUGCUUUCAGGGCAGCGGUGGUUGGAAGGGCUCAGUCGUCGCCAGAGCAGGACUUCCCUGAAUUCCACGGGCACCGUGAUGCUCCAGGCCCUCUACAACUACCAGUACGAGGCUGAGGAUGGGAGACGGGUGACCAUCGCAGAGGGCGAGUUUUUCCGGCUGCUGCGCAAGGCCAACGAGGAUUGGUGGCAGGUGCGGCGACUCAGCCAGCCCAGCCAGAGGAGACCCAUCUUUGUGCCUGCCACCUACGUCGCCGAAGUGCCUCCUGGCACGAGCGGGGCCACACAGCAAAAGGCUACGUUGCAUCGCCCCAUUGGUACAGAACAGAUCAAUGACACUGCCCAUCUGGAAAUGCUCUCCUGUUCUCUGGAGGACCUAUAUAUGCCACCCCACCCUCAUAUGGGGCUGGUGUCCAGCCACAGCCUCAGUCUACCCACCAUGGGAUCCUGUCCUCUCUCGCUUGGCAGGAGUCUCAGCAUAUGUGACUUGUCCCCAGCAGUCAGUACAGAUGCCAAACAAGAGGACGAGAGCCAGCGGCAAAAUUCUUCAGAAAAGAAGUUGGCAAAGAAGAGCUCGGGGCAGUCCGAGGGACACGGCCCGUCACCAUCGGCAGACCCUGAUGCUCUGGGUGAAACACCGAGCAGAGAGGAAGACGGAGGGAAGGGUGAGCCAGCUGGGAGUCAGGGUCUCCGGAAGCUGAGCUACACCAAGUCCAUGGUGCUGCCGGAGACACGGGGGCCCAAGGGAAGUCAUCGCCGGAACUUUUCCCAGCACAGCUACGUGGCCUGGAUGGUGGAUUAUCCCACAGCGGCCACUGCCAAUGGUUCCUCGUCUCACCUCCCUAACCUGUUGCACGUGGUGGAGAAAGCCGGACAGCUGAACAAAACCAAAAUUGCCGAAGGAGGCCGGAAACUCAGAAAGUGCUGGACAUCCUCAUGGUUGGUGCUGGCUGGGAAUAGCCUUAUGUUCUACAAGGACCCAAAAGUUGCAACUGAAUGGACUCCAGCGGCUAGCCGACCUGAAAGCAGCGUGGAUUUGCGCGGUGCCCGCAUCGAGUGGGCCAAGGAUCUAUCCAGCAAACGGAAUGUCAUUCAUUUCCGCACAGUGACUGGCAAUGAGUAUCUCUUGCAAUCAGAUAGCGAGGCUAUCAGCCAAGACUGGUAUCAAGCUAUCAAAGGAGUCAUCCGUAGACUGGACGAAGAGAAUCCUCUAGAUGAACCUCUUCUGUAUCCACUCUGCCGGGCAGGCAGUGCGGACCUUGUGGAUCUCAGUGGCGAUGAGGACGAGGAAUCAGGAGGCCAGAAGAGUGAGACCUUGGCAGCAUCCUCAAGUCCCGAUGGAGUCUACAAAAAACGGGUCAAGAGCAAGUUGAGACGGUUCAUUGCUAAGCGGCCCCCGCUAAGGAGCUUACAGGAAAAAGGACUGAUUCGAGACCAGGUCUUUGGCUGCCGCCUGGAAGCCCUGUGCCACCGGGAAGGGGGCACGGUGCCACGUUUUGUUCAACUGUGUGUGGAGGCUGUGGAACAGAGAGGUCUGGAUGUGGACGGUAUCUACAGAGUCAGCGGGAACUUGGCCGUUAUUCAGAAGCUGAGAUUCAUAGUUGAUCGUGAGCGGGCAGUGACAUCAGAUGGUCGCUACGUUUUCCCAGAGCAGCGUUGCCAAGAGGACAAGUUGCGUCUGACUGACCCUCAGUGGGACGACGUGCAUGUGAUAACCGGGGCCCUCAAGCUUUUCUUCCGGGAGCUGCCUGAACCUCUGAUACCGUACGGCCUUUUCGAUGAAUUCAUAGCUUCUGCCAAGUUGCCUGACCCCAAGGAAAAAGUAUCCAAGCUGACAGAGUUGGUCCAGAGUCUCCCCCAACCCAACCGAGACACGCUGCAUUAUUUACUGGAGCAUCUCCGCAAAGUGAUGGAGCACUCGAAUGCCAACCGGAUGACCACGCAGAACAUUGGCAUCGUCUUCGGACCAACACUGCUGCGACACGAGCGGGACGUGGCCAGCCUAGUGGAGGGUAUGGUAUACCAGAAUCAAGUGGUGGAGCUGCUCCUGACUGAAUUUCCUUGCAUCUUUGCGGUCUCAGGCACUGAAUGACCUUUCCAAUACCUGCCUCGGUUGCUGAUGGUUGUGCCCUACAGGUACUCUGCAUCAUGGUUACUGUAGUCCUGGAGCAAGCAUUGACUCUGUCUGCUGAUGGUUGUACCCUAAAAGUGCUCUGCAUCAUGGACACUGUAGUCCUGGAGCAAGCAUUGACUCUACCUGCUGAUGGUUGUACCCUAAAAGUACUCUGCAUCAUGGAUACUGUAGUUUUGGAGCAAGUAUUGACUCUACCUACCUCUAUGCCGUUGCCACUAGCCCAGCUCAGCAUCAGUGCCCGGGGCUAUGGGACAGGAGGUGGAUUCAGGCCACUUCAGGGUCAACCUUCAGGAUCUUUAGGCUGAGUUAAACUUAGAAGCCAAGAUGAAAGGGGCUCUCAAAUGUUCCCACACUCCACGAUUCAAGCAAAGCCUUAUUCAACUUCCUCAAGUGCAGCUAAGGCAAAACACAGAAGGAAGUAUGAUGGGAAAUGCUGAAUCCUGUACAAUCCCUUUGGUGUGGAUACUGUUGGUGAGCGGCACUGUGGAAAGAUGGAGAGGCUUGCCCCGGGAACUCUGUUCCCCUCAUUCUUGCAAGUAAGUCCCCCCAAAGUGCCUAGCUCACAAGAAGUUGUGUGCACAUAUACUUGAGGCUCACGUGGCUCACAGACAUCCUGGGAACAAAAAGACUCAAUUCAUUUCCAGUUGACAGAUGCUUCCCUUUGGAUUGCCUGGACGCCGUUUUUAACUUGCCGGGAGUGACCCGGCAAGUUGCCAUUUGCAAACCUUGCACUUUCCUCAGGGUGGCUCGCAAGGCCACCUUGAAUGCCCAGGGUGCCAGGCAAACUCCUCUUUCAUCUCCUGUCCCAGACUGAGAGUCGGAGUGCUGUGAGCCUCGGGGAGUUGUUUGUGCAGUCCUCUGGGGAGCCUCGAGGGGUUCAGCUUUACACUUCCUCAUUUCUCCAUCGAAGCCUGACAUGUCAGGCUGCCUAGCUCUGGCUUUUAUACCUUCCUAUGCCCAUUUGUGUGGGUUCAUGAUUGUGGCACUGAAAUCAUUCAGUAAAGCAGAUGUCUUAUCAGGGGCCACUCACUGACCUGCUAACAAUCUGCAGUCAUGUUGCAAUGGACUCAUCGCGAUUCGCGACCCCCAUCCUCGGGGAAGGGCAUUCCAGGCCAGAGACAAACAGAGGUGGUUUGCCAUUGCCUUCCUCCAUGCAGCAACCCCAGCGGCUUGGAAACGGUUUAUUAAUUGUGGCUUAGAUCCAUAUUUCUGUCUUAGCAGCCCCUUGUCUCUUCACGGCAUCACAUUUCCUAGAUUUUCUCAGUUGAGAGCCCUGCCAUUUGGAAGAGGGUUCAGCAGAUUGCGGAUCCGCUAGUUAAACGUUUUCCAGCCAUCUGAGGGGCAGAGCUUUGGUGCCCUCCAUAGCUCCUAGUUCAGGGGUCUCCAACGGCCAGCUCAUGAGUUAUUGGUAGCUCCUGUACCUCCUAGAAAAUCCAGGAAAAGACUGCAAAAAGAUAUGCUCUGCACUUUUUUUUUUUAAAAAAGAGAAGAUUUUAUGUUAAAGGAUUUUUCUCUGUGCUGCUUAGCUGAUAGCUUCAUUUCUGGUGCUUUCCCUAGUGCAUGACCUGUUUCUAGGAUGGUAACCUUCUGGAGGCGGGUGUUCUCCACUGGGGACGGAAAUUCUGCCCCAUUAGGUGUGACUACAAGUGACAGAUCAGGAGUCUCUGACCAACUUCCCCCAAAAGCACAGCCAUCAUCUUCUGCAUCAGACCCGCUGUUCUGGGAUUACCUCCUUCUAAUCAAAAGGCUUGCCCAGAUCAGCAACUCAUCCAGGGGCACAGAGCAAGCUCCACUGUGAAAAGGUCACUCUUUAUUUGUACACCAGCUAAAAAACAGCCUUUUCAGAACAUCCUCUCUCAGAGCCAAGCUACAAGUGACGCCUGACACAGGUUGGACACUUGUCAGCUUCCCUCAAGUUUUGAUGGGAAAUGCAGGCGUCCUGGUCUUGCAGCUUGGCUCUCCGACUGCUGCCCAACGGACUUUUCAAUUGUCACUUGUCCAACAUUCCGCCAGGCUGCCUACAUUUCCCAUCAAAACUUGAGGGAAGCUGACAACCUGUGUCACGCGUCACUUGUAGUUUGGCUCUGAGAGUGAACUGGAUACUCCGGCCGUAUGUCUGCUGAGAUAAAGGGGGGAAGAGGUUCAGCAACGGGAAAUUGCUUCUUCUGAAACCUCUCCCAUUUCCUCCUGGAAAGCUAUUGCCCCAGCAGGCUCACUUCUGGUUUUAGAAUAUAGCCAGCGGAAAGUAACCGUUUAUAAAUGAUUGACACAUCUCUGUGAAAUGUAUAGGGUAGAACUGGCAGAUAAGGGAAGAGUUAAGCUCCUGCUUGCUAAUUCUGCCGUGCAAAAGCUCUCUCCACCCCUAGGGUUGGAUCCAGACUAAAUCAGUGGGUCAGAACUCCCCCACCUCCCCUCUCCCCCUGCAGCCCUUUCAGGUCCGUUAAAUGCUGCUCUGGGGGGAGUAGGAGACCUUGAGGAACAGCAUGAGGGGGGUCUGCAGCAGGAAGGGGGAUUAGUGGAAAAUCCUUAAUAUUACAUGAGAGACACCCAGUUAGGAAGUUUCCUUUUCAACAUCUUGUUCUGCUCUCAGUUCCCCCAGAAUUUUCUGGGCAAUGCAGAAAGCAGUCUAUUAUCAGGACCCAAUUUGCUGGCUCUUUAGGGUUUCUUGCCAGCAGAUCCACCCACCAGCCUACCCCACAAGAGAGCUUGCAGGGCGAGUUUUUCUGUGAGCAGGAGGGCUCCAACCAGCUGCAGACCGGUUCGCUGAGAAUGGCUUUGCUGGAGCCUUCCCCACCUACACAAUGAGGAAGCACCACCUGUUUCAAAUAGACCCAGAGGAGUUAGCCGUGUUAGUCUGUAGUUGCAAAAUAGUAA